GAGGCGGCUGUGUCACGGAGUGCGAAGGGGAAUUGAGUGUCCGCGACUGUCUGUCCGUGUUGGGGGAGCUCUGUCGUGUAUGUGGCCUCCUGCUUCCGCUGCUUGCGCGUAGUGUUGCCUGUUGCCCCUCUCCCCCCGGAGGGGUGCGGUUGUGUCGCUGACUCGUGUCCCUUCCCGGUGGCGGGCCCUCAGCUGUCUAUGAGCGCCCCCCCGGUGAUCCGGCCGCCCAGCCCAGCGGGCACCGGCCUCUCCCUGCAGAUCCAGAUCGGCCUGAGCCGGGAGCCCGUCCUGCUGCCGGAGCCCGGGGAGCUGAGCCUGGGGGCCGUGCGGGAGAUGGCCUGCUCCAUCGUGGACCAAAAGUUUCCAGAAUGUGGUUUCUACGGGAUGUAUGACAAGAUCCUCUUGUUUCGGCAUGAUCCAAACUCCGAAAACAUCUUGCAGCUGGUUAAGUCUGAGGCUGAUAUUCAGGAGGGGGACCUCAUUGAAGUGGUGCUUUCAGCCUCAGCCACAUUCGAAGAUUUCCAGAUCCGCCCCCAUGCAUUGUUUGUCCAUUCUUACCGAGCGCCGGCAUUCUGUGACCAUUGCGGAGAGAUGCUUUGGGGUUUGGUGAGGCAGGGCCUCAAGUGUGAGGGAUGUGGUCUUAACUACCAUAAGAGGUGCGCCUUCAAGAUACCCAACAACUGCAGCGGUGUCCGUAAGCGCAGAUUGUCCAAUGUCUCGCUGACUGGAUUGUCCAGCAUUCGCACUUUGUCCGUUGAACCUCUCUCCAGUGCUCCUGAUGAGCCAUUAUUGCAAAAAUCUCCAUCAGAAUCCUUUUUGGGUCGACAUAGUAGAUCCGGCUCACAGUUACAUAUUGGCCGCCCGAUUAAACUGGAUAAGUUCUUCCUGACAAAGGUGAAAGUGCCUCACACAUUUGUUAUCCACUCGUACACCCGGCCGACUGUUUGCCAGCACUGCAAGAAACUGCUAAAGGGCCUCUUUCGGCAGGGAUUGCAGUGCAAGGACUGCAAGUUCAAUUGUCACAAGCGCUGCGCGUCAAGAGUGCCUCACAACUGCCUGGGGGAGGACGCAAUUAAUGGAGACCUAUCUGAUGUAAUGAUGGAGGAGGGGAGCGAUGAUAAUGAAAGUAGACCUGAGGACAUGGAUGAAUCCCCCACAACAGACUCAGAGGGUUCCAUAUCAGGCUGCCGUAGUGAAAAUGGAGAAAUGCAGGAACCAGACCAGGAUCAAGAUGCAUCGGACCGGACAAUCAGCCCUUCAGCCAGUAACAACAUUCCAUUGAUGAGAGUAGUCCAGUCGGUCAAACACACAAAGAGGAAAAGCAGCAGUGUUAUGAAAGAAGGCUGGAUGGUACAUUACACCAGCAAAGAUCCCAUGAGAAAACGGCAUUACUGGAGAUUAGACAGCAAGUGCAUAACUCUGUUUCAAAAUGAUACUGGAAGCAAAUACUACAAGGAAAUCCCUUUGUCGGAAAUAUUAUCUCUGGAACCUGCCAAAGAUUUAUCCCUUCUUUGCCCUGGAGCCAACCCCCACUGUUUUGAAAUAACAACUGCCAAUGUAGUGUACUAUGUGGGGGAGAACUUGCCUCAGCCAGUGCCCCCUGAUAUGGGGAAUGUCAUGCUAACUAGUGGGGCAGGGCUGGAUAUUGCAAGAAUGUGGGAGAUAGCAAUACAGCAUGCUUUGAUGCCAGUCAACCCAAAAGGAGCCAAUGAUGGAAGCACCCAGCAUCGAGACGUCUCAAUCAGCAUCUCAGUGUCCAACUGCCAGGUGCACGAGAAUGUGGAUAUUAGCUCUGUUUACCAGAUCUUUCCAGACGAGGUUCUUGGGUCUGGCCAGUUUGGCAUUGUGUAUGGAGGUAAGCACCGGAAGACUGGAAGAGAUGUGGCUAUAAAAAUUAUUGACAAAUUGCGGUUUCCAACUAAGCAAGAAAGUCAGCUGCGCAAUGAGGUUGCCAUUUUACAGAACUUGCAUCAUCAAGGUGUGGUUAAUCUGGAGUGUAUGUUUGAAACACCAGAGAGGGUUUUUGUGGUGAUGGAAAAGUUGCAUGGGGAUAUGCUGGAGAUGAUCUUGUCAAGUGAAAAAGGACGAUUACCAGAGCGUAUCACCAAAUUCCUAGUCACUCAGAUCUUAGUGGCCCUGCGACAUCUUCAUUUUAAGAACAUUGUCCACUGCGACUUGAAGCCAGAGAAUGUGCUGCUUGCCUCAGCUGACCCUUUCCCACAGGUGAAGCUUUGUGAUUUUGGCUUUGCUCGUAUUAUUGGAGAGAAGUCUUUUAGGCGUUCUGUUGUAGGCACACCAGCCUAUCUGGCUCCCGAAGUGCUGAGAAACCGUGGCUACAACCGCUCACUGGACAUGUGGUCUGUGGGGGUCAUUAUUUAUGUCAGCCUGAGUGGAACUUUCCCUUUUAAUGAGGAUGAAGACAUUCAUGACCAGAUCCAGAAUGCUGCCUUUAUGUACCCUCCAAACCCAUGGAAAGAAAUCUCUCCUGAUGCUAUCGAUCUGAUUAACAACCUGCUGCAGGUUAAAAUGAGGAAACGUUAUAGUGUUGACAAGACUCUUAACCAUCCCUGGUUACAGGAUUACCAGACUUGGCUGGACCUGCGUGAACUGGAGUGCAAGAUCGGGGAACGCUAUAUCACCCAUGAGAGUGAUGACCCCCGCUGGCAGCAGUAUUCUGAGGAUUGCCGCCUUCUGUACCCCCCUCACCUUUUACCCCCACCUUCCUACGAACCAGAAGAUGCAGAGAUGAGGGCUUUGGAAGAGAGAGUCAGUAUUCUCUAGUGUUCUACUCCAUGCAACAGCCCAUCUCUAGCCGUUUUUUAUUUACAAGAAAUAAUGUUGGAGGAAAAACGAUGAGAAGCGGAGUUCAGAUGCUGAUCAGUAUUCACCAACCUCCAAACUAUCCCAAGUAUUGCAAGUCUCAGAUGUGUGUGGCAUUGGGUUGUUUUGGAAAGAUGUGUACCCCACUCAACCUCAGGUCACCCCUUUGAGACUUAGCAUUCUGUUGGAGCAGAGUAGAAUGGGUCUCCCUUUUCCAUACUGAGGACAUUUGGACACUUGCAGACUUGUAGGAACCUGUCUAUGAUUGCAGAUAGCCUACUGUGUAAGCUUUGUACCUUUCCUAAGGCCUGCAAUGCAUUGUGGUUAUGAGUCAGCAUAGAGCUCAGUAUGGCUGUAGAUAUCAAUGCAGCAUAGAACGUGGUGCGCAGUGUUUCUGUGUGUACGAUAAAUGUUCAAUAAGCACACACAGUUCCCCAACACAAUUCUUUCCUUGACCCAAUAAUAAUAGAUCCUAGGUUUUCUCAUUGUAAAAGGGAGCCACAUGGCAGUUGAUGAUGAAGCACCAAACUGGUAGUUCUUUUCACUCCACAAUGUGUUGCAGGCAUCAGACAGAUUAGGGAUUAAUCACGCCUGUCACUGAUGUUUUUAUGUCUUUGUUUUCGACUCUGGAGGAAACUGUGUGUUUGGGUCUUUAUUUAAAUCCUCGCUUGUAGGACAGCCUGCAGGUCCUUGUCUGCUACGCAAGACAUUCUUUGGGGGUCGGCAGGUAACGAGAUUGCCCAGAGAAUAGCGCUGCUGCCCAAAGUGGGGGGCAGGAUUGAGCAGUACAAUUAUGGACAUCGGCGCUCUGUGUAAAUAGGUGCAAGGAAUGAUCUAUAUGUCUUGUACUGCAUAAAUGGCCACUUUGUGGACAGCAGUAAUGACGGAUUGACCAAGGACCAAGAAUUCUCUGUUAUGGGGCAUUAAUGAGGUUUUCCUGCCCUCUCCUCACUUAGUUCCUGGUUGGUUUUGUUCUCAUUUUUUGUUUUAUUGUAUUAAAAAGUUACUAAAUA